AUGGCGUACCGAGACUGCUCAACGCGGCUGAUCGUUAACAAGGCGGUGGGGCAGCGCAUCCCAGUCAAGCGUUCGGAAUGCGUGGUCGAAACGUGCCCGUGGGACCGCUGUUCGCAGCCGACACUCGAGUCCGUAGCUGAGCCGCACGGUUUCACAACGGCCGGCACACACGUCGCCUCUGGUCCGCAAUCUGGGAACGAUGACGGCACCGAUACCCUAAAGGGCCGCCGCAAGUCGCUUGUCAGAUUCGGCGGCACGACGAUCCGCGAGAUCACUCAGCGCACCCGGUCGGCCAUUGCGUGGCACGGGAGCCAGCAGCACGUGCUCAUUGCGCUGGUGGCCGUCGUCGUGCUCCUGCUCUCGCUCGCCGUGCUCAUCUUGGUCUUCGUGCGCGUCGAAGACCCCCUGGUGCUGACGCGCUGCUCGUCCACAAACUGUCGGAGCGCAGCGCGCGACCUCGAGCGGUUCCUGGACAUCGGUGUGGACCCCUGCAAGGACUUCUACGGGCACGUCUGCCGCCGCUGGGAGGAAGUCGCCAACGCUGAACCCAAGGACGACGCCAACGCAGCCACGACACAUGGUGAGGGAUAA